GGUGGCUGUCUAGUGUAGAUCUGCUGCGAAUUUGGCUGCGCUGGGGUAACUCAGGGCAUAGACUAGAAACUGUUAGGUUAUUCAAAAAACAUACGAUAUGUUUAAAUAAGUAGAAUAGCACCCUAACUCCAGGAUUGGUGUUCACACAGUUGAAGUCACUCUUGCUUCUCUGGCAGAGGUAUUUCUUUGACAUUGAAAUGCCAAGGCUUCUCUGGCGUAGCCGGCUGUGGAGGCCAGAAGCUACUGGGAUGUGGAGGCCCAUCCACUCCCAGCCUACUUUUGAUGCUAGAGGGGGAACAUACCCCUAAGCAAACGCGGCCAGGGUGUAGGGUGGUUUCGGAAAGAAAACACAGGAGCAAACACAGAACCAAUCCUUCGAAGCGCCGUGAAUAAAGGCUGUGCUGUGCAUUUAUUUGGGUCGUAAUAGUCUCAGCCAAGCCCACAAAAUGUUUAUGACUCGCAUCUCCGUGCUCAACACGCUGUAAAACUAGGGACUCGAUUUUGGCUGACAUCUCUCCUGGGUCUCCAUCUCUCUCUCUCUCUCUCUCCCUCCUACUCCCUUAAAAAAUCUUCCUAUAUAUAUACACGUGGGCAUUAUAGACACAUAUCAUCAUUAUAUUUUCGUAUGUAACACACGCUACUUCACAGCCUCUGCUUGUAGGAAGGGUUUUAUAGCUUCCUGGAGAAGUCACCCGUGCUCGCCUAUCCUAAUCCUCAGAAAUCACUCUUUAUGUAACUGUACAUAAUCAGAGAAAUCGCUGACCAGUGGACACAAAUAGAAAGCUCCAUGUUUCUAACAAUGGAAGAUACAGGUUGGCGGCACCCCUUUUCUGCACCGAUCACAGAGGCCCCAGCCAGGGAAUAGAGACCCAGAAACGAAGGGAAAGGUUUUCGGUGACCUCGGGGACCCUGCUCAGAUGGAAGACUUGGGCCCAGAAGUGCCAAGGCCUGGAAAGCGGCAGAAUUUGGACCUUAUUUGGCAAACGGGGACAGAGACUCUUGCCGGGACGCCUUGGUCGUGCCAGGACCAAAUCCAGAAGACCUACUUAGGCGUGGCGGAUAAACAGUGCUCCGCCGAUUAAGCUGGGAGACAUUGACUUUAUUCGAACCACAUGGUUCCAGUUUUGUGGCAGCAUUCUGGCUGCUCAGCCCGCCGCGCCUGCGGAGUUUGCACUGGAGCAUCAAAUCUGGCCUCAAACGUUCUCCUGCUUAGAGUGAGAGGCGGCCGCCGGCCCGUGGCGCGAGACCACCUGUGAGGGCUGCUGAGAUUGGCGGAGGCGGUCAUGUGGGCGGUCACGUGCCGCGGCGAGCUCCGUCCAAAAGAAAAUGGGGUUUGGUGUAAAUCUGGGGGUGUAAUGUUAUCAUAUAUCACGCUACCUCGUAAAACCGACACUGAAAGCUGCCGGACAACAAAUCACAGGUCAAAAUUAUGAGUUCUUCGUAUUAUGUGAACGCGCUUUUUAGCAAAUAUACGGCGGGGGCUUCUCUCUUCCAAAAGGCCCAGGCUACUUCUUGCUCCUUUGCACCCAACUCACAGAGAAGCGGCUACGGUCCAGGCGCUGGCGCCUUCGCCUCCACCGUGCCGGGCUUAUACAAUGUCAACAGCCCCCUCUAUCAGAGCCCCUUCGCGUCGGGCUAUGGCCUGGGCGCCGACGCCUACAACCUGCCCUGCGCCUCCUACGACCAAAACAUCCCCGGGCUCUGCAGUGACCUCGCCAAAGGCGCCUGCGACAAGGCGGACGAGGGCGUGCUACGACCCGAUAGGAAGCGGGGACGCCAGACCUACACGCGCUACCAGACGCUGGAGCUGGAGAAGGAAUUCCACUUUAACCGCUACCUGACUCGGCGCCGCCGCAUCGAGAUCGCUCACGCGCUCUGCCUCACCGAGCGCCAGAUCAAGAUCUGGUUCCAGAACCGGCGCAUGAAAUGGAAGAAAGAGCAUAAAGAUGAGAGCCAGGCUCCCACGGCGGCCCCCGAAGACGCGGUGCCCUCCGUCUCCACGGUAGCUGCUGACAAGGCCGGUGAGGAGGAGGAAGAGGAAGAGGAGGAGGAAGAGGAAGAAGAGGAAUAAAGGCCCAGGCAUAAGCCCUGGCUGCACAGGACAGUCGAAAAAGCGUCUUUAAGAGACUCACUGAUUUUAGUUACAAAAAUGGGGUGGAAUAAAGUGUAAAAAAAAAGAGAGAGAGAGAGAGAGAGAGUGAGAGAAAAGAGGGAAUCAAUCCCCACCCUCAUCCCACCCACUCCAUCACCCACUCUAGCUCCCGGUGGGAGAUUAGGUCACCUUGGGGACCCUCUCUCCCUCUGAGGACCCCAGUAGAUACACCCCCAACCCUGGGCCAGUGUUGUGUGCUGGCACAGCCAAAAUACUACCUAGCACAGGCCUCCUUGAGAGGCACCCCAAACUACCUAUGGUCCUAGCCCCAGUGGGCUACCACUCCUAAGAAGCCCCCUCCACGUCCUAACAGUGGCAGAUACCCAGCACCCCCCACCCCUGCAAACACAGGAUCAGUGCUACCUACUAGGCCUAAACUACCUAUUUCGUGCUGGCCAGCUUCCCUGCUUCUCCGUGCCCACUCUUCCCAGGCCAGGCCUUGAUGCUUCUAGCUGACAGUCUUUGGGGUCACCGAGGCUUCACUAACAAGGCAAUGAGGUUCAGGGACCAGGGCAUUGGCUUCUAUUUAAAUUGAAAAAUAAUAUAUUUAUUCCAAAGCAUACCAAAUGCUGCAUCGUAGAAUCCCUCUUUCUCUGGCUUUGAUACCUCAAGGUCAGGGCCAUUACCCUUUCUCCUGAUCUGGCUGCAGAGCUCUGGAAUAGCUUUGGCUUUGCAGGACUAAGGAGAUGUUCCCAGCCUCACUGUUCCUUCCCUUGCUUUUGUGUCCUACUGUCCAGCCAUGUCAAAUAUGCAUACUCUGACUUUUCCUACCGAGGACAAAUAUUGUAUAUUUGAACCAGAUUGUUUUUGUCAUUUCUAUAAUCUUGGAGCUCAUUUGUAAAGGAAUGUCUUGACUUGGGAAGAUGUUUAAUGGGGUGACUUUGUAGCAUGGUGUGUUGUAUUGAACUAAUUCUGUAGUGGGUGAGAGAGGUCCAAUACCCACCCCGGUGCCCAUUAUCUCCCUUGUUGUCCCAUGUCCCCCUUAGACAGCCUGGGGUUCAGGGAAGGCAUGCUUCCCAGCCCAGUUACCUAUGUUUUAUGUAACAAUAAAGAUGCUUGGUGACAAAGAAA